UUUUUUGAGCUCGUCUCCUCCAUUUUCCAUCUUUCACAUUCACUCUCUCUCUCCAAAAUUCUCUCUCUAGGUUGAAAUGGGUUCCAGCAGCAGUCGAAUGGAGCGCCCAUCUGGGUCCAGACUCGAUUGCACUAAGCGCAGACUCUCAUCUCUCGUCUGUUGUGGCUCCACUUCUCACUCAUCGCUUGAGAUGGAAGAGUAUCCAGCUAAAUCCCCAGUGAGUUCUGUAGAGAAUUUAGCUCGUGUUAGUGAUGAACCAAGUAGCUCCAGGGAAGAAUCAUCAGUCUUUGGUUCAGAAACUGCAUUUAUUGGUUCCAAAACUGACGUUGGAUCCUCAUCUGAAAGCAGUGAUAGUUCCAUUGAGGAUAAUUCUGCUGGAAAUGUUUUGAGAAACGCUGAAAUGAGUAGGGAAGAAAAACGUCUUUUGGAGAGUAAGGAAUUAGUUUCUCAUCAGCUAAAUGCUUGUUGUAGUUGUAAUGAAGCUUGCUUGAAGAGGAAUACUGACACAGCAAGUACUUCCUAUGAGGAACAGCCAUAUCUAGAGCCAGUUUCUACAAAUGCAGGGGUCAUGUCAGAUGCAGAAGCUGAAGCUGAUAAUUCAAUGAACGGAUCUGCUUCUUUGAAUUGCCCUGAUGAUCUAAAUUCAACCAAUGUGGCACCAGAGCGUCCUGAUGGGGGUUUUGUUGAAAAUAGUGGUUAUGUAGUUAUGGGCCUUAAUACUUCUGCUUCUGGGUCUCUUUCUGUUUUUUCUGGUUCUCUCUUGAGUCUUCAAUUGCUAGGAGAUGAUACUGCUCGAAUGGCAACACCUCCUGGUUCGGGAUUCCUUGUGUCUGAUAGCGAGCAAGAUCUGAGAAGUGGAAGUGUACCUCAGGUUGAUGUGGUGAGUAUCUCUUCCAACAUUUUAUCUAGUAGGAUUGCUGAAAUAAGUAACCUUGAGGCAAGAAGGAAUAGUAGAAGACUAUAUUGGGAUGCUUUAUCAAGACGCAGUUUUAGAAGGUAUCGUGAUUCCCCAACCAUAGUUUUCACAACUGGUCAUGCUGAUGAUCUAGGAUCUCAUGACAGAUGGCUCCUUGAUUUGAGUGGCGAUCUUCAUUAUGAUGGAGUUGGUCGUGAUUCCCGAUACCUGGGCACUAGAGGUCAUCGCAGAAAUGAACGACAAUGGCAGUCACGAUCCGAGAGCUCGGAAAGACUACACAGUGGUCUUGAUGAGGGAGGUCGGCGCACUGAUUUAUGUGCAUCUGGGCUGCACCCUGACGGUACUUGCUUUUGUGAGUCAUUCUUUAUGGCUGAAGAGUCUGGUACCCUUGCUAGUAUUUCCCGAAUAGUCAUGCUUGCAGAGGCUUUAUCUGAGGUUUUGGAUGAGAUUCAUCCCCAAUCUUCGUCACUUCCACUAUCUAUGCUCUCACUCCCAGCUCCAGAGUCUGUUGUAAACUCGUUUCCUCUGAAAAAUCACAAAAAGUCAGAUGCAACUGAAAGCGAGACAAAUGAUGUGCAACAGUGUUACAUUUGUUUGGCCGAGUACGACGAAGGGGACAAAAUUAGAGUUCUCCCUUGCCAUCAUGAAUAUCAUAUGUCAUGUGUUGAUAAAUGGCUUAAAGAAAUACACCGUGUAUGCCCACUCUGCAGGUGCAAUGUUUGUGGGGAUAUAGCCCAGGGUUCUGUCUCAAGUACAGAAAUCCCAUCUGAAUGAUGCAAAUGUAUACAGAGAUACAUGUAAAUAUGGUCACUUUUAGAAACGUCUGUAUUUUGCUUUGCAUCUGAAUUUCAGUCACUUUUUAUUACCCACCUUUGUAUUAUGUUAAAAAAUAGGGUUUAGCCUGUAUAAUAAUUUGCAAUUCUAUAA